UACCCCUCCACACUUCACUCCGCGCUCCGCCUCCCCAAACCUCCCAAACCCCACCGCCUCGCCGGAACCCUAGCCCUCACCCGCCGCCGCUGCCCCGCCCCGCCCCCCAACCCGGCGCCAUGAGAGAGAUCCUCCACAUCCAGGGCGGCCAGUGCGGCAACCAGAUCGGGGCCAAGUUCUGGGAGGUGAUCUGCGACGAGCACGGCAUCGACCACACCGGCAAGUACGCCGGCGACUCCGACCUCCAGCUCGAGCGGAUCAACGUCUACUACAACGAGGCCGGCGGCGGCCGGUUCGUCCCGCGCGCCGUGCUCAUGGACCUCGAGCCCGGGACCAUGGACUCGGUGCGCUCGGGACCCUACGGCCAGAUCUUCCGCCCCGACAACUUCGUCUUCGGCCAGUCCGGCGCCGGCAACAACUGGGCGAAGGGACACUACACCGAGGGCGCAGAGCUCAUCGACUCCGUGCUCGACGUCGUCCGUAAGGAGGCCGAGAACUGCGACUGCCUCCAAGGUUUCCAGGUCUGCCACUCGCUGGGAGGAGGUACUGGCUCAGGAAUGGGCACACUGCUCAUCUCCAAGAUCAGGGAGGAGUACCCGGACAGGAUGAUGCUGACAUUCUCUGUCUUCCCGUCGCCCAAAGUGUCUGAUACUGUCGUGGAGCCCUACAACGCCACGCUCUCCGUGCACCAGCUUGUUGAGAACGCGGAUGAGUGCAUGGUGCUCGACAAUGAGGCUCUCUAUGACAUCUGCUUCCGCACGCUCAAGCUUGCAACACCAACCUUUGGUGAUCUCAACCACCUUAUCUCUGCAACCAUGAGUGGUGUCACAUGCUGCCUGCGCUUCCCUGGUCAGCUGAAUUCUGACCUCCGGAAGCUUGCAGUGAACCUGAUCCCCUUCCCACGUCUACACUUCUUCAUGGUCGGAUUUGCUCCACUGACCUCGCGGGGCUCCCAGCAGUACCGUGCCCUCACUGUACCAGAGCUGACCCAGCAAAUGUGGGACUCCAAGAACAUGAUGUGUGCUGCUGACCCUCGCCAUGGCCGCUACCUCACUGCAUCCGCCAUGUUCCGUGGGAAGAUGAGCACCAAGGAAGUGGAUGAGCAGAUGCUGAACGUGCAGAACAAGAACUCAUCGUACUUUGUUGAGUGGAUCCCCAACAACGUGAAGUCGAGUGUGUGUGACAUCCCGCCCAAGGGCCUGAAGAUGGCGUCCACGUUCAUCGGCAACUCGACCUCCAUCCAGGAGAUGUUCCGCCGCGUGAGCGAGCAGUUCACAGCCAUGUUCAGGAGGAAGGCCUUCUUGCACUGGUACACGGGUGAGGGCAUGGACGAGAUGGAGUUCACUGAGGCUGAGAGCAACAUGAACGACCUGGUGGCCGAGUACCAGCAGUACCAGGAUGCCACGGCGGAGGAUGAAGAGGAGUACGAGGAGGAGGAAGAGGAGAUUGCUGAAUAAGCUACCUUUCCCUGUGCUUGCUACAGAUGUGAUAUCCCUUGUAUCGCUGUUAGUCAUUAUGUCGCUUGAGGUGCUUGUGGUGAUGUUAGGUGAUAGGUGGGUGGUAUUUCUUAUGAAUGCGAUGUUGUGGUGAAAAAACUGCAUUUCUUUGUGUUUAUGUUGCUCAAGCUGUUAUUUCUAUGAGGUAGCUUAAAUCAUUGUUGUUAUACCAUUACUCCAGCAGUACAAGUGUCUUAUGCAUUAGUAGAAUUCAUCAGUAAUA